AUGUUGGACUUGCGAUUUUGUCUCCCAAUCACAGCAAAAUCCGUUCUUGACCGCCUCAUUGAUCACUGUCUUUUCCAGCUGAUCUUCGCCGGUGAAUACACAAAGGCGAUGAACAAAGAUUGGCAUAGCGACCAUUUCUGCUGUUGGCAGUGCGAUCAGACUCUUACUGGGCAGAGAUAUAUUAUGAGAGACGAGCAACCGUAUUGCAUCAAAUGCUACGAGGAUGUGUUCGCAAAUCAGUGCGAUGAGUGUGCAAAACCGAUUGGAAUCGAUUCAAAGGAUCUCUCUUAUAAGGACAAGCACUGGCAUGAACAUUGCUUCCUGUGCAAUAUGUGCAAGAUUUCUCUGGUGGAUAUGCCGUUCGGAAGUAAGAACGAUCGAAUUUUCUGCUCAAACUGCUAUGAUCAAGCUUUCGCUACACGAUGUGAUGGAUGUAAUGAAAUAUUCAGAGCAGGCAUGAAAAAGAUGGAAUACAAAGGAAAACAAUGGCAUGACAAAUGUUUUUGCUGUGCGCACUGCAAGAAUCCAAUCGGCACCAAAUCUUUCAUUCCCAAAAACGAGGACGUGUACUGUGGGUCUUGCUAUGAGGAGAAAUUCGCCACACGGUGCAAUAAGUGCAGAAAGGUAAUAACUACCGGUGGUGUGACGUAUAAAAACGAGCCAUGGCAUCGUGAAUGUUUCUGUUGUACGCAUUGUAAUGUAUCACUCGCAGGCCAGAGGUUCACGAGUAAAGACGAGAAGCCGUACUGUGCGAACUGCUAUGGUGAGCUGUUUGCGAAACGAUGCAAUGCCUGCACGAAGCCCAUCACAGGAAUCGGAGGCGCCAAAUUCAUCUCCUUUGAAGAUAGACAUUGGCAUAACGACUGUUUCAUAUGUGCACAAUGUACAACGUCACUGGUGGGGAAGGGAUUCAUCACGGACGGUACGGAUAUUCUGUGUCCAGAAUGCGCAAAGGCACGAUUAAUGGCCGCCAACUCGUAA